AUGUUAACACUUCCUUUUGAUGAAUCUGUUGUGAUGACGGAAUCGCAGCUUUGUAAAAAAUAUGCACGGGAAAAGCUAGUGUCCCAUGGGAAAAAUAUCAAAAGGUCCCCUGAAGAGGAAACAGAGCAAGAAGAAGAGGAAGAGGACAAGGAGGAAGAAGAUGAAAAUGGAUUGCCAAGAAGGAGGGGGCCAAGGAAAAAAAAGAUGACCAAGAUUAGGAUAGAGAGGAUAAAAGUAAGACGAGUUGAGGCUAAUGCAAGAGAAAGGGGUCGGAUGCAUGGGCUCAAUGAUGCACUGGACAAUUUACGGAAAGUUGUACCUUGCUAUUCCAAGACACAAAAGCUUUCUAAAAUAGAAACCUUGAGGCUGGCCAAAAACUACAUUUGGGCUCUGUCUGAGAUACUCAGGAUUGGGAAGAGACCAGAUCUUCUCACCUUUGUUCAAAAUUUAUGCAAAGGUUUGUCUCAGCCUACCACAAAUUUGGUGGCUGGGUGCCUGCAGCUUAAUGCCAGAAGUUUUCUCAUGGGUCAGAGUGGAGACACAGUGCAACAUGGAAGAUCUCCCUACAGCUCUAUUUACCCUCCUUAUCACAGUCCUGAGCUUAGUACCCCACCAGGCCAUGGGAGUCUUGACAAUUACAAGACAGGAAAACCUUACAAUUACUGUAGUGCUUAUGAAUCCUUUUAUGAAAGCACUUCUCCUGAGUGCACCAGCCCUCAGUUUGAAGGUCCCUUAAGCCCUCCCUCUAUGAACUAUAAUGGGAUAUUUUCCCUGAAGCAAGAAGAGGCCUUGGACUAUGGGAAAAAUUACAAUUAUGGCAUGCAUUACUGUGCAGUGCCAGGCAGGGGUCCCCUCGGGCAGAGCUCUAUGUUCAAGUUGCCUACAGACAGCCACUUCCCUUAUGACUUCCAUCUGCGCAGCCAGUCUCUCGCCAUGCAAGAUGAAUUAAAUGCAGUUUUUCAUAAUUAA